CCGGGCCCGGAGGGCGAACCAGUAGCCGGCGGUCCAUUGCAUUCGAGAACCAGCACCUGUUCCCAUCCCCCACCACCUUUCCUCAUUCCCCGCCAGCCAUGUCGACCAAGGCCUCGCUGUUCGACGUCAAGGCGCAGCUCACCUUCUACGGCGCGUACCACUCGAAUAAGGUCAAUGUGGGCAUACACAUGAUAUUUGUGCCCACGAUUAUGUGGACGGCAUUCGUGAUGACCUCGUCCCUCCCGACGCCGUCGUUCUUCCCGGAUUUCCAUUAUAAGAUUAACGACUAUCUUGCACUCUCUUCCUCUUGGCCAACGGUGUACGCUAUCGUGGUUGCCGCGUACUACUUCGCCCUCGAUCCCGUUGCAGCAUUCCUCUACCUCCCUCAGAUGGCCCUAUCUCUGCUCUCCGCAACCCGCUUCGCCGAAACCUCUGGCACCUUCGCUGGCCUUGACCACUUCCAACUCGCUCUCGCGCUGCACGUUACGUCUUGGCUAUUCCAGUUCGCCGGCCACGGCCUUGCCGAGGGCCGUGCGCCUGCACUUCUGGACAACCUUCUCGGAGCCAUCGUCCUCGCCCCGUUCUUCGUCCACAUCGAGGAGCUCUUCGUGCUCGGCUACCGCCCGCAGCUGCACAAGGAGCUCAACAACGCGAUCGGCGUCGAGAUCACGCGCAUCCGCAAGGCGCAGGGUGAGGCGCGGCGUGCGAAGGAGAAGAAGGCGCAGUAGGGGGAGGGUAGGCGCAGGAGGGGAAGAGGGGGGAGGGGUAGAUGGAUCGCAAGAUUGAAGUGAAGAUGAUGGCGGUGAAGACGAACACUGGAUUGAAGGUCCCGACUAUGGAGAAUGGCUCGCCUAACGCGGGUGCAACGAAUCAGGAUAGUUGCAAAGGACUGCUAAUUGAGCGUGAAUACUGUACACGAAUACUUGCCUGUAUGAACUAUCGGAUGUUAUGACCUCUGUUUUCCGUGUUACUUAGUGAUAUGGCUUGACCCGAAUGACAGACGCGUGCUUCCGGCUUCGAACGAGGUGCAAGAGCA